AUGGCCUCUUCACAGGCUCCGUCCUCAAGAUCUGGGGAAAUCACGUCACCGGGAAACCGGGUUGAACAAAUUUCAGAUUCGGACUUUGAGGAAGAGCUCAACGGGACAGCCAUGUUGGAUAACGCUGAAUAUCUCAGCCGCAUUACCCCGCCCCUGCGAGAUAUGCUAGAGACCGGAACCUCCCAGGUUCAGGACGAAACGCUCGAAGCCAUCCUCCCGUUCUUGGAGGGCAACCCUAAUGACUUCGACCUCAAUUCUCAAGGCAUUCCAAAACUUCAGCGCAAGAAGCAUGUUGCUUUUCUGGAACGUGCCUUGGGUUAUUACCCACCACAGUUUGCGGCCAUGGACGCUGCUCGACCUUGGCUUCUAUACUGGACUUUACAAGGCCUAACUGCUCUGGGAGAGGAUGUCUCCCAAUAUCAGGAACGGGUAGCGGACAAUUUCUCCGCAGCACAACACCCUAUGGGCGGCUACGGUGGUGGCCAUGGCCAGUUGCCACACCUUGCGGCCACCUACGCCGCGGUUUUGUCCCUGGUCAUAGUCGGUGGGACUGAAGCCUACGACUCCAUCAACCGCAAAUCUAUGUGGCAAUAUCUUGGCCAAAUGAAGCAAUUGGAUGGCGGUUUCACCAUGUCCCCAGGUGGUGAGGAAGAUAUUCGCGGAGCUUUUUGCGCAGUAGUUAUACUGUCUCUACUCAAUCUCCCCCUAGACCUCCCUCCAGACUCCCCAGCACGUGCCCAUGGCCUGAGCUCUUUCAUGGAUAAUCUGGGGGACUGGGUUUCACGAUGCCAAACCUUCGAGGGAGGUAUAUCUGCUGCUCCAGGGAAUGAAGCACAUGGCGCGUAUGCUUUCUGCGGAUUGGGUUGUUUGUCAGUCAUGGGUCCACCGCAAGAAACUCUGAACAAGUAUCUCGACAUGCCCUUGUUGAUCCACUGGCUUUCCUCACGGCAGUGCUCGCCAGAAGGUGGGUAUAACGGCCGUACCAAUAAGCUUGUGGAUGGAUGCUAUAGCCACUGGGUCGGCUCCUGCUGGGCCCUUGUCGAAGCUGCGGCCGGGAAGAAAGGACUUUGGAAUCGCAAUGCUUUGGGGCGUUACAUCCUCUCAGCUGCGCAGUUCAAGAAAGGCGGCUUGCUUGAUAAGCCCGGGAAAAGGCCUGAUGCAUAUCAUACUUGCUACAAUCUUGCCGGGUUAAGCGCUGUGCAACGGAUCUAUAUAUUUGACGAAGGCAGGCAGAGAGGUGUAGGGAAUGGAGAUCUGGUGGCCCCAUUUCAUUGGAAAGAGGAUGGGUUAUACGAUGGGGAUAAGGUGUGGGACAAUGAUGAUGUGGUAGAUAGGGUCCACCCUGUCUUUGUGGUUCCGUGGGGAAAGGCUGAGGAUUGUAGAUUAUAUUUUGAGCGUAAGGAGUGUCUCUAG